UUCGUGCUUGAAAGCUACUUUCAUUUAUUUAUGUUUUUUUAUUUUAUUUUUUUAAUUUUUAUUUUACUAAUAUAUUUGGCGGAAAAAAAUUGUUGAGGUGCAAGAACAAUGGAGGCAGAUCAACCGAUCUCAGCUAAAGUCUGCUUCCUUUUCGACAUUAUAGUAACUCGCUUGCGAAUGUACAAGGAUAAAAUCGACGAUCCGCAGCGACUAACGGUUAAUGUUAGGCUUAACAAAAUACCAAUUACCGUCACAGCGAGCCGUAUAAAUGUGAGCGAAUUCCAAUCUGGACGCCGCAUUGAAUUCACAACAGAACCCGAAACAAUGCGCCAAAACCUGGAGGCUGAUGGCUUGCCAAUAGUUGUGCGAUUUGGUGGGCUCAGUUUGGGGAACGCACGCAUCCAAUUUCCCCAGAACUUCAUCGAUAGCAUUCAGGAUGGGAUGAGUGACCUACUACAUGCGGACACAUGUAGCAUUAUACGCCGUGAUGCCGAGGUGGGCACUAUAGAGAUUCUUUGCAUUCUGGUUGUCAAGUGCGUGGAGCAACCCAAACAGACAGAACCCUGUAUAAAGAGCUUCGGCAGCCUGGGAAGGGAUAUUAAUGCGCCUGACAUCAUGUUUGUACUGGGCGAUCCCGAUCCCUGCCCCACGAUUUGUGAACCGUGCGCGGAUGAGCUGGAGCAAGAGGAGGGUGACGAGCAACUUAAGCUGGAUCUAAAUCGCUAUCCCAGCCUUAACCAGAACGUCACUGAACCACCUGAGGAGAUUUGUGGCACGGAAGCAUGCUGCCAAUUACAAGCUCUAACGAAGCAUUACGGGCAAAUAAUCGAUUCGGUUCUGAAGAAUGCAAUUAGCUUAACUACAUCGAACCUUAAUAAGGAUCUAGUUAUCACGGACUGGAGCGGCAAACAGAGAAGCUUCCCACAAAAGUAUGUUGAUCGCUCGAUACCCAUUCCUACUGGAGACAUAGAAGAGAUGGGAAUAAAGCCCAUACGUUUCUGUCCUGUUUGCCUCACUUCAAUGUCGUGGCUGCCCAAAUACUCUCCCUGUCCAAAAUGCUGUACUGAAGCCAUGCCUCAAAUUGAGACUAUACCCGGCCAAACGCUUACGGCCGACCAAAUUAUGAAUGAGUUUCUCAAAGUGCCUGCAAAAUCAGUCGAAGAUGAUGAUAGGAAGGAGCCCGAUUACUCCAAACGCUGUACCUGCACGGUUAAAAAAAUUUGUACUCAUUGUCGCAUUCGCAAUUUGUGCGCAGACAUGUUCAAACCGGUCGUUCACGAAGAAAAGUGCCCCGAAGUCAAGCCUAAGCCAGAUGAGGACUUUUGUGUUAUAGUCGAGUCCGACAGCUUAGGGCCCGAGGCAUGUCGCCCCUAUUUAGAACGUGUAUUCGGCGAGCUUACAGAUCUCUACGGCAAAAGGGCUGCUAAUGCUAAAAAAGCUGAAUUACAGAAGCAUUUUGGACAAGCUUCGGUAGCCAGACAGACACAGGAAUUGGGUCAAAAUUCAUCAACGGGCGCCAUACAAAACGCGACUAGUAGUCCGGACUAUUUGCAACGGACGUCGCAUGGCCCAAAAAUUGGCCAUAAGACUUGUCUUAGGCGUCACGUCUGCGUCUCCCGUCGACACGGCUGGGCGUGGCCAUCGACCAAAAAAGCGCGCAAACAUGGCUGGCGCCCAGGAGCCAUUUGUCGCUAUGCUGGAACCGUGAUGAGGUUCUUUUUGCAAUACUCGCGAGAGAAUAAUGCAUUUAACAUCUGCCGGCGAGCUGAAGAACAAGAAAGAAGAAAACCGCUUCCUAUUCUCAACGUGUGCAAGAGAAAUGGCGCAAUAUACAUAACAUUGCGUGCGGUCAAUAAUCCAAAUAUAGAAAUGAAACCUAUUGUAUUCAAGAUAGUAAAAAGCGAUCUAGCCGUGGCCCUCAGGGAGAUCAAGAAGAAGCUCAAGGACAAGGGCUUCCGCAAGUGCACGUGUCAUAAAACGGUGAUGUUGUGCGUCUGUCGCAAAAUGUUGGAAAAGAAAAAUCUCGAAGAUGCACUGCAGAGGGAGUGUAAACGUCGCGGUAUGGAGAAUUGUGUGGACCACCUGAUCCUCACAGACACCAGUGACAGUGAAAUAGAGUUUAAUUUUGACGUGACCCCGCCGGCAGGCGUGGCAAAGCCCCAGCUAUCUAUAAAACCUCGCACUGUCACCUUGAGUACACAGACGAAUCAGAAAGACAAAGCCCGACCCAAAUAUCCCAUCGAACUUAGUCCCUACUGGCGGGCCUAUGACUGUGCUGCAGGCGAUCGGUACACGAGCACAGCGUUCGGUAGGCCCGGUGAAGCUGUAUUUGAGGAUGGCAUCUUUGGAUACGGGGGCGGCGGACCGCAUGGACCAUACGCUACUCCCGGUGGGAGGGCCAAGACUCACGGAAUAUGGGGUGCGGGCCCAGGUGGGCCUAUACAAGGUGGUGGACGUGGAGGUAAUAAGGGCGGUCCAGGCGGAAAGGCUUUUCCUGGUGCUAAACAGAAACCAACAGGAAGUAGUGCGCCCAUCCCAGUAAGAAUGCCUAAACGCUAUGUUGAAGCUUUGAAGAAAGCUGCCCAGGCAGAAAAAGAUGCAGUGCAGAAUGAGAUUGCAAAGAAGAAAAAGGGCAUUGACCUAAUGAAGUAUUUGAUGAAGCACGAUGCAAUUCCCACACCCUGGAACCCUAAUGAGCCUAAGCCAGAAGUAAAAACCAAGACAGGUCCGAUCGUAGGGCCAGAUGGGCUGACCGAUGCACAGCGCAAGCGUCGGGCUCUUAACCAGAUCUGCAUCCCACCAUUUGAGAGCCUGGCGCGGCUUGGUAAGGGUUUCGAUCCGUGCGCUCAAAGCUACUCUCCUUGUGCUCAGUGGUGUCCUCCUUGCGGCUACUAUGGCUAAGAAACAUCGAGUUCUUGAUGUCGAAUCUUAAGUAUCAACAUGACUAGACUACAACUCGCAGCUUAUAGGAAAUCAAAUACGAGAUUACCGCCAAAUAAGACGAACUUUUAAAAAAGGCAUUUCGGAAUGAUAAAUAAUACAUAAAAAAAAAACAACCAUUUCGCAUAGGUCACAAUGCCAAUAAAUUUUAUCUUAUUAUGAAUAUUACAAA